AUGCCCCACUGCUCUAUGCUUAUUCCCUCCUCCCUUUCCGUCAACAGCUCCCUGGGCGGGGUCGACGUAGGCCUGCAGGGUGUCAUGGCGAUGGAGCAGGGCCCCCCGGGCCCCGGCAAGCGCAUCCGGAAACCGUCACUGCUGUUUGAGGGAUUCGAGGGCCCGCCGUUGCUCCCCCACGGGCAAGCUCCCCCCUCUGGGUCGCCACGGCCCCUAGUGCCCGACACGAACCGGCAGGGACGUGCCACCAACCAGCUGCAGUUCCUCCAGAAAGCCAUGAUUAAGUCCCUGUGGAGGCACCACUUCGCAUGGCCUUUCCAUGAGCCUGUGGACGCCUCCAAGCUCAGCCUGCCUGUGAGUGUCUCUGCAAGCCACUGUUCCAGAGAGCCCAGUCACAUUGUACUUUAGCCAAAAAAAGACAGACAACUGUGAAUAUUUAUAGAUAUUCAAAUAGUGUUAUCAUCCUGUUUGCAUAUUAGGAUGUCACCGUUUUCUUAACUAACUGUAGAACUAAGGUUUUUAGAAUAUUCUUAUUUUAGGUUGGGAAGUUUUAUAAAAGCUUUUCUCAAGCUUGCAGACAAUACAGUGCUGAAUAGGUCUGUAGAGCGCAGUGUAUUUAUUAUUAGUACAGCAGCAUUAAGUAAACUGGCUCCUCUCUGCCUCAGGACUAUCACAAGAUCAUCAAACAGCCCAUGGACAUGGGGACCAUCAAGCGGCGCCUGGAGAACAACUACUACCGCAGCGCCAGCGAGUGCAUGCAGGAUUUCAACACCAUGUUCACCAACUGCUACAUCUAUAAUAAGGUGUGUGUGAGAGAGACAUGCUGUAACCACAACAUUUUCACAGUCAUAAAUGAGCCUUUGACCAACUAUGGUUAUUGGCAGGACACUAGAGGGAGUCAACUCCAUUUGAGUUCAAAAGCUCUACAUCAUAUUAUCUAUUUAUAUUUUACAUCCCUGGAAGCUGUCAGAGAUAUGUCACUAAUAAACAUUCUUAUAAACAGUCUAAAAUGUCUGUAGAUAUAAUCUAUCUGAUAGAAAUGAGGCAGAUCUCACAUCCUAUUUUGAGAAGUUCUAUGCCCUACAUGUAUUCUCCAGCCGAGUAAAACUUUUCCAUUGUGAUUGUCUCCCAGCCAACAGAUGAUAUUGUUCUGAUGGCCCAGUCCCUGGAGAAGGCUUUCCUUCAGAAGGUUGCCCAGAUGCCCCAGGAGGAAAUAGAACUUCCCCCUCCUCCCCCGCGGGGCAAACCGGGCAAGCCAGGCAAAGGACGCAGGGCCACAGGUGAGCAUGAGUUUUUUUUGUGUGAUUCUGUUUGUGUAAGGUUAAUGGAUGUUUUUGAGUGUGAUUAUUUGCCGGGGGGGGGUAAUUUUUGUGUGAUUAUUUUGGGGAAAUGUGUUCUGUUUGAUAUUGACUCUUUCUGUCAGAUAAUGUGAAUAUGAAUAAUAUAUACGUAUAUAUAAUAUGCCAUUUAGCAGAGGGUUUUAUCCAAAGUGACUUAGUGAUGCAUACAUUUUUCUUAUGGGUGGCCCCAGUGGGAAUCGAACCCACAAUCCUUGGCGUUGCAAACGCCAUGCUCUACCAACUGAGCCACACAGGACCACAUGAAUACAUGUCAUCUCCCACGCGUAACACUUUUUUUUCUCCAUUUGCCUCAGUACCAGGAGGAGUGACGACUGCUCACCAGGUCCCGGCAGUGUCCCAGUCCGCCUACUCUCCCCCCACGCCGGACACCCCGGAGUCGCUGCUCUCCACCCCCCCACAGACGCUCCAGGCCAAGAGCCUACCUCCCACCCUCCACAGUAAUCCUGCUAUGCUAGGCUUACCCCCAACACAGCCCACAGCCAAGGUAAUGGCAGCAGGCGAGACACAAAUACUGUCAACUACUGCCUGUGCAGUGUUCACCUACCCCUAAACUACGCUAUUGUUAUACAACUUACUCUACCUUAUGGCCUUGCAGCUGAUAAGUUAAAGAACCUACUGAUCAAAGUGUAGGCAGCAGUUGGUGACAUCAUCUGACAGCGUCGUUUACUAUUUUAUUUAUUGGCCCAUUAUCUGAAAUGGCAGGUGUUCAGCCAAUGACAAGUACCUGUCUCUGUCUCCAACAGAAAAAGGGAGUGAAGCGGAAAGCGGACACCACCACCCCCACCACCAUGGCCAUGCCCAUCACCAUGGGCGUUGGCGGGAUUGGCAUGGGCAUGGUCGGCGGACCCGACUCCCCGUUGACACUCACCUCGCUGGGGGUAGGCCAAGGCCUGGGGCUCGGCAUGGGGAUAGGUAUGGGUAUUGGUAUGGGCCGUGGCAGAGGCAUGGUGGGCGCCAAAGCAGCUGCAGGGAGGCGGGGAGUCAGCGGGCGCCCUAUCAAGCCCCCGAAGAAGGACCUGCCGGACUCUGUGCAGCUCCAGCCGGUGCGACGCGGCAAACUGGGCCAGCAGCUCCGGUACUGCAAUGGGAUUCUCAAAGAGCUGCUGUCCAAGAAACACGCGGCUUACGCCUGGCCCUUUUACAAACCAGUGGACGCCUCCAUGCUUGGCCUACACGACUACCACGACAUCAUCAAGCAGCCCAUGGACCUCAGCACCAUCAAGGUACAUGCCGCACCACACAGCCUGUUUGUAAUCCUUGAGACAAUGGACCCUAGGUAGAGCUGUAGAUCACAGCGACAUCAAGCACCAUAAAGGUAGACUGUCAAUAAUUAUGUGACGUUAACUUCCUCCACUCUUCCUCUGCAGAGGAAAAUGGACAGUCGAGAGUACAGGGACGCCCAGCAGUUUGCCGGUGACGUGAGGAUAAUGUACUCUAACUGCUACAAGUACAACCCCCCAGACCAUGACGUGGUAGCCAUGGCACGCAAACUACAGGUACGAGUCGACACAUUUUACACAUCGAGAUAUGUCGUUUCCUGGUUGAGUUUUUAUGCCUUUGAACAGUAGUAUCAUACAGCUGAAUGGACAUGAGUGCACUGGUCUGAUAUCGUCCUCUCUCUCCAGGACGUCUUUGAGUUCUGUUUUGCCAAGAUGCCUGACGAGCCUGCGGCCCCUCCUGCUUCCAUGGGUGGACACUCCUCAUCUUCUUCAUCUUCCUCCUCAUCCUCGUCGGAGAGCGACCCCAGCAGCGAGAGUGAGAGCGAUAGCAGCCCCAGCUCGGACAGUGAGGAGGAGCGAGCACACCGCCUGGCCGAGCUGCAGGAACAGGUGUGUACACAGGUAGACUGACCCAACCCUGCGUCCACCGCAACACGACACACACUUAGCACCAGACACUCACACACACACACAUCAACAUUCACACUGCAUCCUCACCACAAUACAUUACAUUUUAGUCAUUUAGCAGACACUCUUAUCCAGAGCGACUUACAGUUCAUUCAUCUUAAGCUAGCUAGGUGAGACAAAAGUAUUUCUGUAUGCCUGAGCUUGAAGUGGUUGCCACAACAGUAACUGACCAUGUCCUCUCCACGGUCCCGUCAGCUGAAAGCAGUUCAUGAGCAGCUGGCAGCACUCUCCCAGGGCCCCAUCGUCAAGCCUAAGAGGAAGAAAGAUAAGAAGGACAAGAAGAAGAAGAAGAAGCCAGAGAAGCAUCGGGGAAGCCGGGUGCCAGUCGAAGAGGAUAUACCCAUCCGGCCGCCCAAAAUGCCCAAGGUCACCAAGACGUCAAAGACGCCGAAGACACCCAAGACCAAGAGCAGCAAAGGGGGCUCCACACAGGGCAAGAGGGGUACUGGCAAGAAGAGCAACAAGAGCAAGUGAGUGCUCUCUACUGACAAUCGAUUUCAACAUCUCUCUGCCAUGAUAUGAUUUAUUGUCUCCAUGCUAUCAAAAUUCCCCAAAAGUAUUCCUGACAAAAACAAAAUGUGCACCAUCAUGAUUUAAUCAUUAAAUCACACUUUCACCCUCAGGUCCUCCAAGAAGUCGCAGGCAGUGAUGCUCAACAUGCACCAGAUGAGCGCUGCCGCCAUGCUCCCCCACUACGACUCCGAGGAGGAGGACGAGGUGUCGCCCAUGAGCUACGACGAGAAGCGCCAGCUCAGCCUGGACAUCAACAAGCUGCCCGGGGAGAAGCUGGGUCGUGUGGUUCACAUCAUCCAGGCGCGCGAGCCAUCGCUGCGUGACACCGACCCAGAGGAGAUCGAGAUAGACUUUGAGACACUCAAGCCGUCCACGCUGCGCGAGCUGGAACGAUACGUCAUGACCUGCCUCCGCAAGAAGCCUCGCAAACCCUAUGGUUAGAGAGCUUUCCUGUGUAGCGCCAGAUCUUCUUUCAGAUAUUCUCCCUGUUAAGUGUCCUGGAUGGGCGCAACCAUAGGGCUUUUUCUGUCACCAUUUCGGUCAAAUGUCAUACAAAUUUCCCCUGUUCCCAAUGAUUUCACUGGGUAGCAUUAUAGUGACUUAGUCUCGGUUUAUUUGGAUCAGUCGGUGAAUGCAGACAUUGAAUCAUCUAACCCCCUGGUCUCCUCUCUGUUAGUAGGGAAGAAAGGUGGAGCAGGAAAGUCCCGGGAGGAGCUGGCCCUGGAGAAGCAGUUGGAGUUGGAGCAGAGGUUGCUGGAUGUCAGCGGGCAGCUCAACUCUGGCAAGAAGCCUCAGAAAACCAAAGGUGAGUCAGAAUACAUCUGGAUCACUGCCCACAGAGUAGACACGGCAGAUAUGACAACUCAUUUCAGAGCAUGCACAGAGAUGUGGAACUACAAGCCAAAAUGUGUUUAAAGAUUACUGGCUCAAUUCCUUUUCUCUAACAAAUGGCAUUGUCCACCUACAUAGCACGUCAUAAAAAAAGUUAUGAACGAGAUCAGCUCAGGUCUUUGGAAAAUGUGUGGGUUGACUUCUCAACCUUAUAUUCCAAGUAUUUGACCUUCUGUGUAUCUCUCAGCAGAGAAGCCCAGUGCAGUGGAGCCCCAUGCCGUAGCGUCUCGCCUCAGCGCCAGCAGCUCCAGCUCAGACUCUUCCUCCUCGUCCUCCUCGUCCUCCUCUGACACCAGUGACUCGGACUGAAGGCUCCGGAGGGACGGGCCUGGGCCCGCGAACCCCAGAUAGGACAGUGCAGAAAUGCCAACAGAGCCGCAGGCGGAUCAGACUAUAGUCAGAACUGACCCGGAAUUAAGAGAAAGCUAAAGCUUUUCCCCUAUGUUCUGAGAAGCCAGACCCAACAGAAAGAGUGGAUGGAGAAAGACUGACUUGUUUCAUUGCUCUAGAAACCUAGAGGGUUGACAGAGAGAUUAUGCAUCGUCUCAUAGAAAAAAGAGCUGAUCGCAAGAUCUCUACAGGCUCUAGAAAGAUGGCAGGAUCUCUACAGGCUCUAGAAAGAUGGCAGGAUCUCUACAGGCUCUAGAAAGAUGGCAGGAUCU